AUGCAUCCAGCGCGUGAAAAUCAUCAGCGCCCUUGCACCGUGUGGAUGGCUGAACCUCCGCCGAGUGGUUCCUUGGAAACAUCUCGCGCCUCCUUGUCUGAGGCCACAUCCGACGCGUGCGACACGACCACUGUCGCUGCCAAUAACUGCCUCAUUCCUGCUGUACGAGUACAGCUGAUGCCUCAUGGGCGUGAACACCAUAAGCGGUCCCCAACCGUGUUGACAGAUGAGACGUGGGACAGGUUGCUGAAUCCCUCCUGCCCAUUCUCAUGGAAACCCACGUUCGGCGCGUCCGACACCAAUGCUGUCACAGCCGCUACCAUCGCCUAUUCUUCUACGCGAGCGCAGCUCGUACUGACUGGACUUUCGGCUCCCAAAGUCCUGCCGAUGGCCAAAGAUCCCAUAGAAUAA